UUUGGUGGUGUUUGCAGUUAAAAUUUCCAUAUGUCCAGACGCUAACAUCCAUUGUUGACAGUUGCCAUCUCCGCUCCAGUCUCCAGUCUCCACCUUCCUUUUUCGCUUUUGUCAUCUUCCCUGUAUAACUAUAAUAACAUUCAAUCUUCAAUCUUACUCUUCCGUUUCUGCUUUCUCUUCUGUGCCUCUUAUGGCCAUUUCUCAACUUCUUUCGUCUUUCCUUCUCUAAUAUCGCUUUCUCUUUCUGCAAGCAAUCUCCCUUUCUCUCUGUCUAGGGUUCCUGUUCACGUCCGAAUUCGCUAUGGGAACUUCAACGAGGCAGUUGAAAGCCAUGCUUCGGAAGAAUUGGCUUCUCAAGGCUCGUCAUCCUUUUAUUACUGCUGCUGAGAUUUUGCUUCCUGCAAUUGUCAUGUUAGCCUUAAUUGCGGUCAGGACGAGAGUUGACACGCAGAUUCACCCAGCUCAACCAUAUAUCCGGAAAGACAUGUUUGUGGAGGUGGGAAAGGGUAUAUCGCCGAAUUUCCAACAAAUUCUGGAAUUGUUGUUGGCUAAAGGAGAAUAUUUAGCUUUUGCACCAGAUACAGAAGAAACAUGGAAGAUGAUUAAUAUAUUGUCAAUAAAGUUUCCUAAACUGAAGCUAGUUUCUAGAAUUUACAAAGACGAACUGGAGUUGGAAACAUACAUACGAUCUGAUCUCUAUGGUUCUUGCAGUAAUGUCACGAAUUGUUUGAAUCCAAAAAUUAAAGGAGCAAUUAUAUUUCAUGAACAAGGACCGCGGUCAUUUGAUUAUAGUAUUCGCCUCAACCACACUUGGGCUUUCUCUGGAUUUCCUGAUGUCAAAUCCAUCAUGGACACGAAUGGCCCGUACCUUAAUGAUCUGGAAUUGGGUGUAAAUAUUAUACCCACAUUGCAGUAUAGUUUCAGUGGAUUUUUAACUCUUCAGCAAGUGUUAGAUUCAUUCAUAAUAUUUGCUGCCCAGCAAACUGGGGAUGGAUUUACUACCGAAACUGUGGAACUGUCAUCACUUAGUCUACAGUGGACAGAAUUUAGCCCUUCAAAGAUAAGAAUAGCCCCCUUUCCAACUUGUGCAUACACUGACGAUGAGUUCCAGUUCAUCAUCAAGAAAGUCAUGGGAGUACUGUAUCUUUUGGGAUUCCUCUAUCCGAUUUCUCGCUUAAUCAGCUUUUCUGUGUUCGAGAAGGAGCAGAAGAUAAGAGAAGGCCUUUACAUGAUGGGUUUGAAAGAUGGAAUAUUCCAUCUUUCAUGGUUUAUUACAUAUGCAUUGCAGUUUGCAGUCUCCUCAGGUGUUAUUACUGUUUGUACAAUGAGUAGCCUUUUCAAGUACAGCGAUAAGACAGUUGUUUUCGUGUAUUUCUUUUUGUUUGGACUAAGUGCAAUCAUGCUGUCCUUUUUGAUUUCUACGUUCUUCACACGAGCAAAGACGGCUGUGGCUGUUGGAACCCUUUCGUUUCUUGGGGCCUUCUUUCCUUAUUAUACUGUUAAUGAUGAGGCUGUCUCUAUGGUGUUGAAGAUAAUUGCUUCUUUGCUUUCACCCACAGCGUUUGCUCUUGGAUCAAUUAACUUUGCUGAUUAUGAGCGGGCUCAUGUUGGACUUCGUUGGAGCAACAUGGAGUUUGUUGUUAGGGUCCCAAGUAAUGGAUCUAGUCAUGGGAUGAUGACCAUGAAUUCAGUCCUUCCCAGGGAUAACGGGGUGCGUUAUCCUUGGAACUUUGUGUUCAUGAAGUGCUUUUGGGACAAGAAAAGUACCAUCAAGAACACUUUUUCCAGUUUGGAAGCCAGAAUCAAUGAUAGGCUUUCUAAGAGGGCAAUGUUUUAUCAAAAUAAUGAGUCUGGACCUGCUGUUGAGGCAAUAAGCUUGGACAUGAAGCAGCAAGAGCUAGAUGGCAGAUGUAUCCAGAUUAGGAACCUCCACAAGGUUUAUGCUAGUAGAAAGGGUGAAUGUUGUGCUGUUAAUUCCUUGCAGCUUACCUUGUAUGAAAAUCAGAUUCUUGCUCUUCUAGGGCAUAAUGGAGCUGGUAAAAGUACGACAAUAUCAAUGCUUGUUGGACUUCUGCCCCCAACCUCAGGAGAUGCUUUGAUAUUUGGGAAGAAUAUCAUAACAGACAUGGAUGACAUACGGAAGGGAUUGGGUGUGUGCCCGCAGCAUGAUAUCCUUUUUCCAGAAUUGACAGUGAGAGAGCAUUUGGAAAUGUAUGCCAUUUUGAAGGGUGUUAAGGAAGACAGUUUGGAAAGUGCUGUAAAUGAUAUGGUUGAUGAAGUUGGGUUGGCUGAUAAAGUGAACACUGUUGUGAGGGCUCUUUCUGGUGGGAUGAAGAGGAAGUUAUCACUUGGAAUUGCACUUAUCGGAGGCAGUAAGGUGAUUAUUCUUGAUGAACCCACUAGUGGGAUGGAUCCAUAUUCAAUGCGCCUGACGUGGCAGCUAAUUAAAAAAAUAAAAAAGGGCAGGAUAAUACUAUUAACAACACACUCGAUGGAUGAGGCCGAUGAACUAGGAGAUCGAAUAGCAAUCAUGGCUAACGGUUCUUUAAAGUGCUGCGGAAGCUCGAUUUUCUUGAAGCAUCAAUAUGGAGUUGGAUACACUCUCACUUUGGUUAAGUCUGCACCUACUGCUUCGGCAGCUGUUGAUAUUGUUUACCGCCAUAUUCCAUCUGCAACUUGCGUGAGUGAGGUUGGAACUGAGAUUUCUUUCAAGCUUCCUCUGGCAUCUUCAUCUUGCUUUGAGGACAUGUUUAGGGAAAUUGAAAGUUGCAUGACAGAAUCAGUUAGCAGCUCUGGAAAAAUUGGUACUAGGGAUUCAAAUGAUUUUGGGAUUGAAAGUUAUGGUAUAUCAGUGACAACUCUAGAGGAGGUAUUCUUGAGAGUUGCUGGAUGUGACUGCGAUGAAGUUGAAUGUGUUAAGCAGGGAGAAACAAUUAUUUCACCCGAUUCUGUGCUAUCUGAAGCCUCCUAUGGACAAUCUCCUAGAAGGAUUUCCUUUUCUAAAUUGCUUGGAAAUUGUACAAAGUUUGUCGAAGUAAUAUCUAUUAUAGUGGGAAGAGCUUGUGGUUUGAUCAUUGGUGCAGUUUUUAAUUUCAUUAACUUCUUAAGUAUGCAGUGCUGCAGCUGUUGUCUCAUGUCAAGAUCAAUGCUUUGGCAACAUUGUAAAGCACUGUUUAUAAAGAGGGCAAUAUCAGCUCGUAGAGAUCAGAAAACAAUUGCUUUUCAACUUCUAAUUCCUGCAGUUUUCUUGUUUUUCGGUCUUCUUUUUCUUAAGCUUAAGCCACACCCUGAUCAGCUGUCUGUGACAUUCACAACUUUGCAUUUUAAUCCUCUGUUAAGUGGUGGUGGUGGUGGCGGUCCAAUUCCUUUUGAUCUAUCCUGGCCUAUUGCAAAGGAGGUGGCAGGCUAUAUUGAAGGAGGGUGGAUCCAGAGGUUCAGAGAGAGCUCAUUUAGAUUUCCUGAUUCAGAAAGAGCACUAGCUGAUGCAGUUGAGGCAGCAGGUCCAACUCUUGGACCCACUUUACUGUCAAUGAGUGAAUUUUUAAUGUCUAGCUUCAAUGAAUCGUACCAGUCAAGGUAUGGGGCAAUCGUGAUGGAUGAUCAGAACGAUGAUGGGAGUUUAGGAUAUGCUGUUCUGCAUAACAGUUCUUGCCAGCAUGCAGCUCCAACCUAUAUCAACAUAAUUAAUGCAGCAAUUCUUAGGCUUGCUACUGGCAACAAGAACAUGACAAUUCAAACACGCAACCAUCCUUUGCCAAUGACAAAAAGCCAGCACUUGCAGCGUCAUGAUCUGGAUGCCUUCUCUGCAGCAGUGAUUGUUAACAUUGCAUUUUCAUUUAUUCCCGCCUCCUUUGCCAUUCCGAUUGUAAAGGAACGAGAAGUGAAAGCAAAGCACCAGCAACUGAUUAGUGGGGUUUCUAUACUGUCAUACUGGGCAUCUACCUACAUUUGGGACUUCAUCAGCUUCUUAUUUCCCUCAACAUUCGCAAUAAUUCUCUUUUACAUCUUUGGUUUAGACCAGUUUGUUGGAAGGGGUUGCUUUUUGGCGACAAUUCUCAUGUUUUUGGAGUAUGGACUGGCAAUUGCAUCAUCAACAUAUUGCCUUACAUUCUUUUUUUCUGAACACAGCAUGGCUCAGAAUGUGGUUCUCCUGGUUCACUUUUUCACUGGACUGAUUCUCAUGGUUAUGUCAUUUAUCAUGGGUCUUAUAGAGACAACCAGAAGUGCAAAUUCAUUCCUUAAGAAUUUCUUCAGAUUAUCACCAGGGUUUUGCUUUGCUGAUGGACUUGCUUCGCUGGCUCUUCUGCGGCAAGGAAUGAAAGAUAAAUCAACUCAUGGGGUUUUUGAUUGGAAUGUUACUGGUGCCUCUAUUUGUUAUCUUGGUAUGGAGAACAUUUGUUACUUCCUCUUGACCCUUGGGUUUGAAACUUGCCUUCCAACAUAUUGAGUCGAGUUGCAAUUAAGGAGUGGUGGAAGAGUGUCAAAAGUUCUCCAGCCUGGGAAUUCUUCUAGCUAUUUGGAACCUCUUAUACAAUCUUCCUCAGAGCCUGUUGCUCCUGAACUCAAUGAAGAUAUAGACGUCCGGACGGAGAGAAACAGGGUGCUGUCAGGUUCUAUAGAUAAUGCCAUAAUCUACUUGCAUAAUCUGCGGAAGGUGUAUUGUGGAGGCAAGAAUUAUGGAGGAAAAAUAGCUGUACACUCGUUAACUUUCUCAGUUCAGGCAGGAGAAUGUUUUGGAUUUUUAGGGACAAAUGGAGCUGGGAAGACUACUACUCUAUCAAUGCUAUCUGGAGAAGAAACUCCAACAGAUGGCACUGCUUAUAUUUUUGGCAAAGAUAUCCGUUCAAAUCCCAAUCCUGCCUGCCGGCAUAUUGGAUAUUGCCCUCAAUUUGAUUCUUUAUUGGAAUAUCUGACUGCCAAGGAGCACCUUGAGCUUUACGCAAGAAUAAAAGGAGUUGCAGAUCAUAGAAUAAAUGAUGUUGUUAUGGAAAAGUUAGCUGAGUUUGACUUGUUGAAGCAUGCCAACAAACCAUCAUUUACCCUUAGUGGAGGAAACAAACGCAAAUUGUCUGUUGCAAUUGCAAUGAUUGGAGAUCCUCCGAUUGUCAUCCUUGAUGAGCCAUCAACAGGUAUGGAUCCAAUAGCCAAACGAUUCAUGUGGGAAGUGAUAUCCCACUUAUCAACAAGACGAGGAAAGACAGCAGUCAUUUUAACUACCCAUAGCAUGAAUGAAGCACAAGCUUUAUGCACAAGAAUUGGAAUAAUGGUUGAAGGCCGUCUUAGAUGCAUUGGGAGUCCCCAACACUUGAAAACACGUUUUGGGAACCAUCUUGAGCUAGAGGUUAAACCUACUGAGGUCAGCUCUGCAGAUUUAGACAACCUUUGCCAAAAUAUUCAACAGUGGCUUUUUGACAUCCCUUCACACCGGAGAACCUUGCUUGAUGAUCUUGAAGUUUGUAUACGGGGUACUGACUCAAUUACACCAGACAAUGCAUCAGCAGCAGAAAUUAGUUUGUCACUAGAAAUGCUAACUAUUAUUGGACGCUUGCUCGGUAAUGAAGAAAGAAUAAAGACACUUAUAUCUUCAACACCUGUCUGUGAUGGGCUGUUUGGAGAACAGUUAUCAGAGCAGUUGAUUCGAGAAGGUGGCAUACCAUUGCCGUUAUUCUCAGAAUGGUGGCUAGCCAAGGAAAAGUUUUCCACAAUAGGUUCAUUUAUCCAAUCUUCAUUUUCUGGUGCAAUAUUUCGGGGGUGCAAUGGAUUGAGUGUUAAGUACGAGUUGCCAUAUGGAGAGGGCCUUUCACUUGCAGAUGCUUUUGGAUGCCUAGAAUGGAACAGAAAUCAAUUGGGAAUAGCAGAAUACAGUAUUAGCCAGUCAACUCUGGAAACAAUAUUUAACCAUUUUGCAGCCAACUCAUGAUAUCUUCUUGUCCAAGUAAUUGGCUUGUAAUUUUUUUCGAGCCAUUAUUUGUGGGAAGCAAGAAAAGGGAGCCAGGAAUCAAACGUCAAAUGCUGCCUUCUUCUCCCGUCUGUCAAAAACAUUCUCACCACUUGUAAAUGAUAGAAAGCAUAGGAUCUACAGACUUACGAAGUUCUAAAACAUUGAAAUUCAUAUUGUCUAAGUCUCAUGCCAUGAGCCGGCACAGCGGACAUGAUCCUGCAAUCACCCAUAACUUCUUGCCACUGCAUCAGCACAUGCACAAUGAUCUUGAAGCUCAAACUUACUGGGUGCAUUGACCCAGAAUCUAUUAACAGGGCCUAAUCUCACUGGGAUAAAAGAUUCAUUUCAUGGGGCGUGUGUUGCGUGGUUGGAUCAGUAAUGGGCUGGCGUGAGGCCUAGGAAAUUGACUUUCGGACCUGAUGUCAUGAGCCUUGACCGAAGGCCAACCGUACAAGAAGAACUAUUAUUUAGGAGGGCCAGAAUUUACUAGACCCAAGUCCAUUGUACUUAAUGUUAGGCCCAAAACAAAAUGGACCACUGGUCCGAGUUUAUUUGGGACAAAGACCACCCACUUAUUUUGGUAUAGAAAUCUUUGAUGAAUAUGUUAUAUCCUCGUCUACAUAUUUUUGUGUAGAAAUCUUGAUUGCAUGAAUCAUGAAUUUUAUCCCUCAA